UAGGAGGAGGCGCGACCACCCAAUAGUCUUCUCUUCCCGCGGGGCGUGGCCGUGAAAGAGCUGGACGCCACGCCUGGCUGGGCGGGUGGGUCAGCCGCGUAGCGGGCGGCGUGGACGCGGCCGCGCAGCGGCUCCUUUAAGGCUCGGGCACCACCCCCGCCGCCCCGCCUCCCGCGCGGCCUGGGUCUAGUUGGCGGUGGGGUCGGGUCCGCGCGAGCCGCGAUGGAGCUGCACAUCCUAGAACACCGGGUGCGGGUGCUGAGCGUCGCCCGUCCGGGUCUCUGGCUCUACACCCACCCGCUCAUCAAGCUGCUCUUCCUGCCCCACCGCAGCCGGUGCGCGCCCGGGUUCGGGAGCGCAGAUGGGGGCUGGGGGCUCUGCUGUCGCCCCGGGCCAGGGUCGGAGGAUUAGGAUCGCCGUAAGGCAGGUGCAAGUUCUUCAGCCUGACGGAGACCCCUGAGGAUUACACGCUUAUGGUGGAUGAGGAGGGCUUUAAAGAGCUGCCCCCAUCUGAGUUUCUGCAAGUAGCGGAGGCCACAUGGCUGGUGCUGAACGUGUCGUCUCACAGCGGUGCGGCAGUGCAGGCUGCUGGGGUCACCAAGAUUGCCCGCUCAGUCAUUGCGCCACUGGCUGAGCACCACGUGUCUGUCCUGAUGCUGUCCACUUACCAGACAGACUUCAUCCUGGUGCGGGAGCAGGACCUGUCCGUGGUGAUCCACACGCUGGCCCAGGAGUUCGACAUUUACCGCGAGGUGGGCGGAGAGCCUGUGCCUGUGACGAGGGAUGAUUCCAGUAAUGGCUUUCCCCGCACUCAGCAUGGGCCCAGCCCCACGGUGCAUCCCAUCCAGAGCCCACAGAACCGCUUCUGUGUCCUCACACUGGACCCUGAGACGCUUCCAGCCAUCGCCACCACCCUCAUAGAUGUCCUCUUCUACUCGCACAGCACCCCCAAGGAGGCAGCCUCUAGCAGUCCUGAACCCAGCUCCAUCACGUUCUUUGCCUUCUCCCUCAUCGAGGGUUAUAUCUCCAUUGUCAUGGAUGCUGAAACACAGAAAAAGUUCCCCAGUGACCUGCUGCUGACCAGCUCCUCAGGGGAGCUGUGGAGGAUGGUGCGCAUCGGCGGACAGCCCCUGGGCUUUGAUGAAUGUGGCAUCGUGGCGCAGAUCGCGGGUCCCCUGGCAGCCGCUGACAUCUCUGCCUACUACAUCAGCACCUUCAACUUCGACCACGCCCUGGUGCCCGAGGACGGUAUCGGCAGCGUCAUCGAGGUCCUCCAGCGGCGGCAGGAAGGACUGGCUUCCUGAGUCCCAUGGGGAACAGAGCAGCCACCCUGCUCUCCCCUCGACCCAGGCGUCCAAAGACUUCUCUACAGCUAUUUCCUUAAGCUCUGGAAUGAGCCCCCUGUUGUGCCGGGGACCCUCGUUCCGCUCUCUGUAUGUAAGCUGCGUGCGGGCACCGGCUUUUACGCAGACACCUGUGUGCACUCGCAGGUGGAGUGGGCAGGUGCUAGCCUGACUGCAUGUCUGCCCACACAGGGGAACACGGUGCUCGGGGCUUAAGCCCCCAACCCAAAACCCAACUCCCUGCGCGGCCUCGGCGUUUGCACAGUCCCUGCCUGAGGCCCGAGCCAUCCCCCUCAGCCUUCCUGGGCCAGCUGUCUCCCAGACAGGGCCCUGACCUCUGUUCUGCCUCUGGUGGGGUUGCCUUCCCUGGCCAGGUGAGUCCUGACAGUGCCUCUCCCUCCUGGGGCCUCCGAGAAAAGUAUUUUGACAUCUCUCUCUUCUGUUUUUAUUGACUUGUUAAUAAAGGACUUUGUAGUGAC